AUCAAGUCGUCGCGUAUUAAGUUUUCAAACAUGCUUCUGACUAAAUUGCACAUACGAGGUUUGAGAAGUUCUGCUAUUUGGCGCGCUUCAAAAGCUGAGAGUUUGUUGCAAAAAGGUGAUUAUUUCAACAGUACGCUUUCGAAAGUUGUCGCCAACGGACUGAUUAACACUGAAUUUUCGAAAACACCAUCACUUGUCGAUAGAAUAAAGAAGAUGACGGAGUACUAUACGACGGAAAGAUUACCUCUGCAGGGUCACAUGACAUUGAUAGCUUACGAAAUGUUGGAAAAACCUGAAAACGUUACAGACAAUUCAAUGUAUCAAGCAGAAAUUAUUGCUUGCGCUAUGGAAUUGUUGCAAUCAUAUUUCCUGAUAAUGGACGAUAUAGAGGACGGGGCGACGUCACGUCACGGGAAGACUUGCUGGCAUUUACUGCCUGAUGUCAAGACAUUGGCUCUAAACGAUUCCAGCAUCUUCAGAAGUACCAUACAUGAAAUAUUGAAACAAAAUUUCAGUGGACCUCUUUACACACAACUGCUUGAUACAUUUAACGAUGCGUAUUCACAGGUAGCUAUUGGACAACAUUUGGACACAUUGUUCUCUACAUCAAAAGAUUUUUCAUUAUUUACUCAAGCAAACUACGAUAAUAUAGUCAAAUAUAAGUGCACGUACUAUACAAUGAGGUUACCAUUGAUGUUAGCUAUGAUACUGACAAAUAGAGCGGAUGAGGAGUCUUUUAAACUUGCCGAAAAUCUAUGCCGCGAGGUCGGCGAUCUCUUCCAAAUGAAAAAUGACUUCAUGGACUGUUUCGACUCAGAGUCAGAAAGUGGCAAGUCUGGCACAGACAUACAAGAGGGGAAGUGCACUUGGCUAGCGGUGAAGUCUUUAGAGCGCGGCACGCCAGAGCAAAGAACAACAUUCACAACUUGCUACGGCAGCUGGGACCAAGAGCACGUUGACACAAUAAAGAAUCUAUACAAAGAUUUGGAUCUUAUAGCAUUGUACGAAGAAGAACAACGCAUACGGUAUAAAAUUUUUAUGCAAAAAGUUCAAGCACUGCCAUCAAAUGCAACGCCUACACCGGAAUUAUUUUUGAAGCUGCUUCAAAUGGCUCAAGCUGGACAGUGAGAAAACAAACACGAUCUUGCCAGGGAGAAUCUU